AUGUUAAGAUUGCCCAAAAAAGGGUUACCUAGAUUUGAUCAAAACCAAGAUGAAGACACCUACCUGGAAAACUUGGCAGUACAGAGAAAUGCUUCUGCUUUCUUUGAAAAAUAUGAUCGGAGUGAAGUCCAAGAGUUGCUGACCACCACCCUGGUCAGCUGGUUGUCCGCCAAAGACGACGUCCGCUCUCAGUUGGACCUGCCGUGUGGAAUCAUGAGCCAGAUGAACAAUGUGGGUUUCUCCACUGCAAUCCUGCUGACCCCCAUGGACCCGACGGCUCUCUUGGACUACAGAGAAGUCCAUCAAAUCAUACGGGAACUGGCCGUCGGGAUUUACUGCCUGAACCAAAUCCCCUCAAUCAGUUUAGAAGCUAACUACGACCAGAGCUCCACCUGCCAGUUGCCUCCAGCUUACUAUGAUACCCGAGUUGGGCAAAUUCUGAUCACCGUUGACUACAUGCUGAAGGCGCUGUGGCACGGGCUCUACAUGCCCAAGGAAAAACGGGCCAGGUUCUCGGAGUUGUGGCGGACUGUCAUGGACAUUGACCCAGACGGAAAGCCGCAAACACACAAAGACAUUUUUGCAGAGUUCAGUGCGGCAGGUUUGGUUGAUAUUACAAAAGAUCCAGACUUUAAUGGAAUCUAUGAUGAAGACAUGAAUGAAGAUCCAACAUAUGAUCCCAAUAGCCCUGAAGAAAAGGCCGUUUUUAUGAAAUAUGCUGAAAACAUUAUGCUAAAGUUGACAUUCAGUACCACACAAGUUCAACAGUAUGAAAAUGUCUUUAUAUUUGAAACAGCCUAUUGGCUUACUAACGCUAUAAAAUAUAAUCAGGAUUAUCUUGAUAUUUGUACCUACCAGAGGCUACAGCAAAGGUUAUAUCUUCAGAAAAAGGUUAUUCAAAAACACUUUGAGAAGAAAAAAGAAAUCAGAAAAGGGAUAGGAUACCUAAAGCUAAUAUGUUUUCUGACUCCAUUUCUACUGAGUUUAAAAAAGAAGAUGAAAGUUCCAUAUUUAAGUAGUCUACUUCAGCCUUUUUCAGAUGACAAGGUCAAGACAGAGCGAGAAUUGCCUCCAUUUAUUUAUGGACGAGACUUUAAAUGCCAGCACUUUCACUACAAAGAGGAUCAAUAUUUUCAUGUUCAUGGAGGAAUUGAAUUUGAUAUCAGCACACCUUCAAUUGAGAAUGCUUUGGAAGAUUUUAAGAACAAUUUAGAAAAAAUACGGGAUUGUGCUGCUAAUACAUUUGCAGAAGAUUCAGGAUACAAAGAAUAUUACUCAAUACCAGUCAUGGAACUUAAUGGAAAAAGCUACUAUGUGAUCUGUUUUGAACUUGAAACCUUCUAUCAUCAGCUAUAUAAGACAAAGUGGUGGGGAGCCAUAAAUGAAAUCGUGAAUGUUCUGAAACCGAAAAGACUUCCACUAACAGAUGCUCAAUUACAUGAACAAUUUAAGAAAAAAUUUGGAUUCAAAAAAGCUAUGAAAUGCAAGAGCAUCCCGUUUGGUAUGAAGUCUGCUGUUGAAAGAGGAUUAUCUGCUGUUUUCCAUACAUUUAGCCGUAAAACCUCAAGCUCGACUAUCAAUGUUUCAGAUGAGGCCGGUUACACUAUUUUCCAUCAUGCUGCUCUACACAACAGAGUCGCUGUGAUAUGUCAACUGUGCAAUGCCAACUUCAACGUCAACCAGAGACGUUAUGUUAUGUUUAGCCAAGGCCCGACGCCCCUGCACCUGGCCGCGCAGGCCUGCGCCCUGGAGGCCACCGUGUGCCUGCUGAGCUUCCGCGCAGACCUCACGCUGGCCGCGGCCCGGGGCUGGCUGCCCAUCCACUUCGCCGCCUUCUACGACAACAUCGGCGUGGCCGCCGCGCUCUGCAGACGGGACCCCGCGCAGCUCGAGGCGGAGGCAGCCGCCGGGAAUCAGUGCACCCCGCUGCUGCUCGCUGCCACCUCGGGGGCCCUGGACACGAUCCGCUACCUGUUGUCCCUCGGUGCUAACUGGAGGAAAACCGAUACUAAGGGCAAUAAUAUAAUUCACCUGUCGGUGCUCAGCUUCCACACGGAGGUCCUCAAGCACAUAAUAGGGCUAAGCAUCCCUGAGCUCCCAGUGUGGGCGACCCUGGUCGAAAUGUUGCAGUGUGAGAGCUAUAAACGAAGGAUGAUGGCUGUGAUGUCCUUGGAAGUAAUUUGUUUAGCAAAUGAUGGAUACUGGAAGUGUAUUUUGGAUGCAGGUACCAUCCCUGCCUUAAUCAAUCUGUUAAAAGGCUCCAAAAUAAAAUUGCAGUGCAAAACAGUUGGGUUACUGAGUAACCUGUCGACCCGGGCCAGUGUGGUGCGCGCCGUUGUGGUGGCCGGAGGCGUGCCAGCUCUCCUGGGCUUACUGGCCUCCGACGAGCCUGAGCUGCAUUCUCGUUGUGCUGUCAUUUUAUAUGACGUUGCCCAGCUGGAAAGCAAGGAUGUUAUUGCCAGAUAUAAUGGAAUCCCAACUCUGAUAAGUCUUUUGAAGUUAAACAUAGAAAAUGUGCUAAUAAAUGUAAUGAACUGUAUACGGGUAUUAUGUAUGGGAAAUGAACAAAAUCAAAGAGCAGUGAGAGACCAUAAAGGCAUCCAAUAUCUUAUCACAUUUCUGAGUUCUGAUUCAGAUGUGUUGAAAGCUGUAUCUUCUGCUACAAUUGCUGAGGUUGCACGUGACAAUAGGAGUGUUCAGGAUGCGAUGGCGGCAGAAGGAGCCAUCCCUCCACUGGUGGCUCUUUUUAAAGGGAAACAGCUUAGUGUCCAAGUGAAGGGUGCAAUGGCUGUGGAAUCACUGGCAAGUUACAACCCAUCUAUACAGAGGGCAUUUCUGGAGGAAUCAUUAAGUAAAUAUCUUUUAAAACUUCUCAAGGCAUUUCAAAUAGAUGUUAAGGAACAAGGAGCUGUAGCCCUUUGGGCCUUGGCAGGACAAACCCUGAAACAACAAAAGUAUAUGGCGGAACAGAUUGGAUACAGCUUCAUAAUAAGCAUGCUUUUGUCACCAUCUGCUAAAAUGCAGUAUGUUGGAGGUGAAGCAGUCAUAGCCCUAAGUAAGGAUAGCAGGAUGCAUCAAAAUCAAAUAUGUGAAGGGAACGGAAUUGCACCGUUGAUUCGCUUACUGAGGAUUAGUAAAAUAGCCGAAGGCACACUUCUGAGUGUCAUCAGAGCAGUGGGGUCCAUCUGUAUUGGUGUCGCCCAUACAAGUAAUCCUAUCAGUCAACAAUUCGUUGUACAAGAAAAUGCCUUCCCAGUACUUCUUCAACUACUGAGAAAUCACCCUUCUCCUAACAUCAGGGUUGAAGUGGCAUUUUCCUUGGCAUGCAUUGUCCUAAGGAAUGAUCUGUUACAGAAUGAAUUACAAGAAAACGAAGGAUUUAAAUAUGCCGAUGUCCUCUAUCUUCUUCACUCACAAGAUAAGGAUAUUUGUUUAAGGGCAGGCUACGCAUUAACCCUUUUUGCCUUCAAUAAUCGCCUUCAACAAUACUUGAUAUUGGAAAGUGGAGUAAUGACCAUAUCAAUUUUUGAACCUUUUCUUGAAUCAACAAUUGAAACAGAGAAGGCAAUGGCAGCAUUUCAGAUUAUCAUCUUAGCUAAAGUCAUUAUAGAUGUGGACCAUAUUACGUUGUCUGCGAGAGGUGUUACUAUUUUAGUUGCUAGUCUGUAUUCAGUUCAUUCCACUACUAUUGUCCUGACAGGGAAUUUAAUAGCCAGCCUGGCUCAUUCCAGAGCUGGUAUUCCAGAAGCAUUUACCACCUUAGGGACAAUCCAACGGCUCUGCUAUCAUUUGUACUCAGGGAAAGAAGAGGUCCGCGCGGCCUGCUCCUGCGCCCUGGGCUACUUAACUUACAACGCAGACGCUUUCCGCCUCCUCCUCAAGGAAUGCCACAGGAGGCCCAGUCAGUUCCUCCGCCUGACAAGGAACAUCAGCAGGGACGCGAGCAUUAACCCGGCCUUCCUAAGGGAGUUUCAGUGGCAGCAGCAAGUGGGACUUCCCUCCUUAAGUCUAGAGAGAAAUGGGGGACCAUCCGUAACUCCUGUCUUUAAAAAAGGGAAAGAGCACCAAAGAAAAUUAAAACCUAAAAUUCAACCAAGAGAUUCUUUGACUUUAAUACCUCCUAUAACUAACUUCACGGGACUCUUCAAAACAACAAAAAAGGCCACUGUUUCUCACAAUAUUUUUUCCUUUUCUUCUGCGAUUCCAUCAGACAUCACAGAAGUAUCAAGACCAAGAAUAGUGUUUUUGAACCAACUUGGGAAACAUGUACAAAAAGCUAAUUCAGAACCUGCAGAAGGCUAAUUAAAGCAUUAAUAUGAAAGUAUGAAGGAACUCCUGAGUAAUCCUUUUAAAUUAUUUAAUAAUUUAUGUUUUAGUAAUCUCUACAUUCAAUGUGGGGCUUGAACUCACAACCCCAAGAUCAAGAGUCACAUGCUCUCUACUGACUCAGCCAGCUGGUACCCCCAAAUUUUUUACUUUUGAUUUUAAUCUAGUUGUAGUAAAAAUAUAUAUAACAUAGCUGAAUAUAAGCAGUUUAAAUGGAAGUUCUUGAUAUUGAUACUUUAAAAAAUAUUUUAUUUAUUCAUGAGAGACACAGAGAGACAGAAACAUAGGCAGAGGGAGAAGCAGGCUCCCUGCAGGGAGUCCGAUGUGGGACUCAAUCUGGGGACCCUGGGGUCACAUCCUGGGCCGAAGGCAGACGCUAAACCACUGAGCCACCCAGGUGCCCCUUGAUUUUGAUACUUAAUAGAUUUUCUCUAGCCUGUUUACUGAAGUUUAACUUUAGGUCAGUUAUAUAGUUCCAAAAACUAAAUACAAUUUUCUUGCACUUAAAACUAUUAAAAUAUAGCAACUGAUAUAAGUGGCAUAAGUAGUAUAUCUAUAUCAAGUGUUAGAAACAUGUUAAAUUGGUAUGCUGGGCUAAAGAGGCCUGAUUCAAAAUAGCCCACAUGUUAACACUCAUUGUAAUACCCUGAGAUAUUUAAUGAUAAAUACUACAAAUGUAUGAGGCUUUAAAACACAAAAUGUAGAAAUGUAUAUUUUUAAGACUUUAAAAAAAAAAUUUGAAAUCACUGCCCACCAAGUAUAAAAGUAUGGCUAAAACCGUGGCCACCAGUAUUGACCAUUCUCCAUACUUGAAGUAUUUUUGGUUUACAACUGGAAAGUAUAAUGCUCUGUGGCUUAGAAUCAUGUGAUGUCUUUGCCCAAAGAGGACCGUUUCCAGUAAGUACAAGUUUUGAUGUACAUAUGCUUCUAUUUUACAGCAGGUAGAUUUUUUUUUUUUUUGAAGAUUUAGGGGAUCCCUGGGUGGCUCAGCGGUUCAGCGCCUGCCUUUGGCCCAGGGUGUGAUCCUGGAGUCCCGGAAUCGAGUCCCACAUUGGGUUCCCUUCAUGGAGCCUGCUUCUCCCUCUCCCUGUGUCUCUGCCUCUCUCUCUCUCUCUGUGUCUCUCAUGAAUAAGUAAAAUAUUUUUUCUUUUAAAGAUUUUAUUUAUUUAUUCAUGAGAGACACACAGAGAGAGAGAGAGGCAGAGACACAGGCAGAGGGAGAAGCAGGCUCCAUGCCAGGAGCCCGACUUCGGACUCGACCCUGGAAUCCUGGGAUCACGCCCUGAGCCAAUGCUGAAGCCACCCAGGAGUCCCAGGCAGGUAGAUCUGAUACAAAAUCAAGCUGCUUCACUGUAUCCUUUAAAGCCCUCGUGUUAACAGAGAAAACUGUCCACUUGCUCAAGCGUCUCCUUACAGUCCACCUGGGCUGCACUGAACAUAUAUAUUACCUAGCAGUUAUUUUCCCUAAUGUGCCUUAACACAAACAAUAAUGAUAGUGAUGAUGGCAGCUACAGGAACUUAGGGCUUUCCAUGCAGAGUCUGAAGCCUAUGCUUUUAGCCUCUGGGCAGGAAGAGACCUCUCUAAUCUUAAAAUUUAAUUCUAAUUCUGGUGGAUGUGCUAAUAUAGGAAUUAUGGGUGGGGGGAAUAGCUUAUUCUAUUUCUAUCUAAGGGAUACAUAAUGCAAAUGGUAAGAAACUGAGUCAUUUAUUCAGCACUGUUAAGGAUAAGUAUUCAUAUUAAUGGAAAUAUUAAGCCUCUGUAGAUGUAAAACAAAACCCUCCAAACAACAAACUGAGCUUUGACACUGGCCUUCUGGUGGACUAAAGAACAUAUUUUAUGAAUAUGAUCAGGGUUGAGUAUUAGGGAUUCUUUGUAUUCAAUAAUAUGAGAUACUUCCUGCGUUUCUUGGCCUACCAAAGCCAUCCUACCACUCCGAAAACUUAAAGUAUUUUUCCUGAAGUACAGCUCCUCCAGUAAAGAUUAUUUUUAUUACCCUUCAUUUUUUCUUUUUAAAAAUUAUGUAUGAGGGGCAGCCCCGGUGGCGCAGUGGUUUUGUGCCGCCUGCAGCCCAGGGCAUGAUCCUGGAGACCCAGGAUAGAGUCCCAUGUUGGACUUCCUGCAUGGAGCCUGCUUCUCCCUCUGCCUGUGUCUCUGCCCGCCCCCCGCCCUGAAUAAAUAAAUAAAUCUUAAAAAAAAAUAUGUAUGAGAAAGGCCUCAGGAUAAGAGGAUUUCAGCAAAUUGCCUGCCUUCUAUCUGUACUAUUAGCUAAGUCUACGACAUACGCUUGCCCACAUAGAGGUCAGUAUUUCUCCCUUCCUUAUCCCUUCCCUAUUUCUCUCUUCUUUCCCUUCCCUUAUUUCUUAUGGCCAGUACUGAAGGCCCACAGAUGUGGGAUGCUUUCUCAAAUUGUUCAUUUACCUGUAGUUUCUCUUAUUUAUAACAUGAACUCAAUUUUGACAUGUGUGCUUGUGGUACCUGGAGCAAUUUUGAUACUUAAAAAUUUUUGAUACUUAUAAUUGUUAAAAAAAAUUGAGAUAUCAUUGUAUAAUAUUGUGAUAGUGGGAAGAAAUUUUGGUCAAUUUCCUUCCAUACUUUGAAUGCACUCUGAUUGUGAGAGUCACAGGAAAUACUUAAAUUACUUCUCUGUGAAUUCACGUUCACAUGAUACAGAACACAAAUAAAAAUGAAAAGUAUGAAUUCACAAACUAAUAGCUUCUUCUAAAUAAUAUUUAUAAACCAAUUCUAUCAUAGCUAUACCUCAAAAGCUAAGAAUACAAAGUUUUACAAAUAUUGUCUGUUUCUAUGUGUUCCCUCAUAUGAAUAUUUUCUAUUUCCAAAUGGAUAAUU